CCCGGGCCGGGGGGCGCCAUGCGCGAGUACAAGGUGGUGGUGCUGGGCUCGGGCGGCGUGGGCAAGUCGGCGCUGACCGUGCAGUUCGUGACCGGCUCCUUCAUCGAGAAGUACGACCCCACCAUCGAGGACUUCUACCGCAAAGAGAUCGAGGUGGACUCGUCGCCGUCCGUGCUGGAGAUCCUGGACACGGCUGGCACCGAGCAGUUCGCGUCCAUGCGCGACCUGUACAUCAAGAACGGCCAGGGCUUCAUCCUGGUCUACAGCCUGGUCAACCAGCAGAGCUUCCAGGACAUCCGGCCCAUGCGCGACCAGAUCGCGCGCGUGAAGCGCUGCGAGCGCGCGCCCAUGGUGCUGGUGGGCAACAAGGCGGACCUGGAGGGCGAGCGCGAGGUGGCGGCGGGCGAGGGCCGCGCGCUGGCCGAGGAGUGGAGCUGCCCCUUCAUGGAGACGUCGGCCAAGAACAAGGCCUCGGUGGACGAGCUGUUCGCCGAGAUCGUGCGGCAGAUGAACUACGCGGCGCAGCCCGACGGCGACGAGGGCUGCUGCUCGGCCUGCGCCAUCCUCUGAGCCGGGCUGGGGCGCGCGGGGGCCGGGGGCGCGCGGGGGACCGGGGACGCGCGGGGGCCUGGGGCGCGCGGGGGCGCACGCGGUGCGCGGACCCCGGCUCACAGAAGCGACUAUGGAUCGUGCCUGCCCGGCCAGCCCCACCCCAGACUCCGGCCGGUCCCACCCCGGGGUCCUGGCCCUCGGCCCCGGGCGCGCGCGCGCGCAGACGUCUCUCCCUCCCCAUGCCCCGCAGGCCGAAGUUGCGGGCUUGGAAAGACCCGGGCGGGGCGGUGGAGCGGCGCCGCCCGCCUGGCCUUCCCGCCGUCCGCACCUCCUCGCCCCCCGCACCCGCUCUCUGUCUACACCUCAUCCGCGGGAAGCCGCUGUCUACCCCACGAUCUCCACCGGGACAUCGGGCGGGGCCGCCGCCUGCCCGCGUAGAGGCGCCGCGGUGACCGCGGGUGACCGCCGGAUGUCUAUGCAAAGCGGGGCCGGUGACCGCGCACCCGGCGGAGGAGCGCCCGAGCGCACUGGCUGGGAGAUGUCUGCGGAAGAAGAAUCUAUUUUGUUUACCUGCUGUAUCAAAGGGGAGUCGGGAGAAUGCUAGUAUUUUUUUUUAUCAGCUGUGAAAAUGUCACGAGUCUGCGCAUUUUUGUACUAUAUUGUGUGUGUGUGUGUGUGCGUGUGCGUGUGACACUUUGCUUUCCUUCUCAUCUUUUUGUGUUACUGGAUGUACUGACCAGCGUUUACAGACGCCCCGCGAGGACUCAUCAGUGUGACUCAGGGCCCUCAGCAAGCACCCUGUCUGCAGAGUGCCUUCACUGCCAGGCCGGUCAGCCGUGCCUAGCCACCCGGCCUGCCCAGCCUACCCAGGGCUGCCCAGCCUACCCGGCCUGCACCACCGGUCAGCCGUGCCCAGCCCCCAGGCUGCCCGGCCAGCCCAGCCCAUCCAGACUGCCCAGCCAUUUGGCCUGCCCUGCCACUUGGCCUGCCCAGCUCAGGCUCUCCCACCAACAAAAUGCCCUUCCAGCCCAGCCUUUCGGUUGUGGUAUCCGCGGCUGGCAAGUGUUCGCUUUGCCUUAGUAGGUUUCCAUGUCAGGUACUUAGCCUCUGCUUCUGUGACUUCACAGAUGCAUUGGUGACAGGGUGCCCCGCAGAGAGCCGCUGCAGGGCAUUAGAGAACCCCGACAAACGCUUGUUGUUUUCAUUAUCCCAUUCACUCAUGGCCUCUCAGUUCAAGACUUUUAAUACAAAAUGCCAGUUUUUAAAGAAACAAACCCCAGACUCUCGUUUGUGUUUCUGUGUUCCGCAGUCUGGUUUUCAGUAUCUGUGGUGGUCGAGCAUCUUGGUUGUGGAUUUGCAGGGUCAGGUGCCCAGUCCUCUUAAGAGUUGUUUGCCAAAAGGUGAAGGCGGACGCCGCAGUGCUGCGGUGACAUGACCUCCUCCUCCUCAAAGAUGAGCAAGUCCUCUGGAAAGGCAUGGUGUGGCCGUGCCGCCUGACCAAAGUGGAAGUGGCUCCUUCCUGGGUGCUGGGAUUCUACUUCCACCUGCGGCCACCCCAGGUAUGGGAGGGAAGGUGAGUUCCCCAACCCCACACACAGCUGGCAAGGGAGGCUGGCUGCACAGUUCCUCUGCCUGCUCCCCUUUGCUUGUGUCACCUCCUUGUGUGCCAGGAGAAAAACAUGCUUGGGGCUGGUGGUUUCCAACCGCAAAGCUGUACCAGUUGUGCAGUUUGUGUGUGUGUGUGUGUGUGUGUGUGUGUAUGUGCUGCAGGUUGUAUCUCCACCCUUUCUGCCUGGAAACAUCUUAGGCCAGAAAGAAAAACAAGCUAAGACAGUUUUCUUGCUCCUCUUACACUGGCAGUUUGUGACUAGCUGACAGUGUACGUCCUCCUUUCUGACAGUAGGAGGCAGUGUGAGCUCUUUUCUUUUUUCUUAAGGAGGUUGGAGGUACAAAACCCUUCUGCAGAAUACACAGAAAGUGCGUCUCUGGGAGACCUGGGUGUAAACCCAAGGUUUAGGAUGCAAGGUGGACAUCUGGAGUCUUUUCACAAAGGGUUUUACCUCCAUGAGGAGCCCAAGGGCACUUGCAGGUCGCAGUUCCCACAGAUUCCUUAAAGCUGGAUCAGCGUUCCUUGCCUUAGCUUCCCCCCGGAGAGUGCCACCUCCUACUCCCGGGUGCAAAGGAACGCUUUCCGCCUGCCCUGCCCUGGGCUGCUCUGACCUCAUAUAAGUGAAGUUUGAGCACCUUUGGGGGACAGUAUUCCAAAUGCAGGCUCAAACUGCUCAGAACAAGCCUUUGCAAAUUCUGUGCUUACAGUUUACUUAAGUGGAUUUGAAGUACGGAAAACCCCACAGAUGUGUCCAGCAGUAUCAGAAGGAAUUUUUUAAAUGUAUUUGUUGAUUCUCUUAUUGCUUGGAAACCAUUUGCCAAAAAUGCUACAAGUACAUAAGUAGCUUAAGAAACGUGUGUGCUCUGGCAAGAAAUACUCCAACGUGGAGAACAGAAUGAAGCAGAUCCAGGGGUAGGCCAAAUGGCUUGCCACACAACUCCUCAUGACUGUAGGAUGACAGGAAGAUUGUAACGUGCACUCGCGGAGUACUGUAUAAUAAACACUUCUGGUUUCUCAA